UGUCUUUUUCUACCCACCUGCUGUACGAAGUCGGUCGCAUGUCACGCCACAUUUAACGAAGGACACAGAGUUGAAGAAGACAAAGCUCGAAAGGAUUCAACAACCGUGGCCGAUGAAGAAACCGGAGCUCAUCUUUAUCCCAGCACCAGGCGUGGGCCACGUCAUCUCGGCCCUUGAGUUUGCGGCCCGCUUGCUCGGCCACGACCCCCGAAUCUCCAUCACCGUCCUCGCAAUCAAAGCGCCCUUCAGCUCCCACUUGGAUGCUUACACAAAGUCCCUCGUCGCCUCGCAGCCGCGCAUCGCCCUCAUCGACCUCCCUCCCGUCGACCCACCACCGCCCGAGCUCCUGCGCUCCGUCGAGCACUAUGUCACGGUCUACAUCGAGAGCUACAUCCCGCACGUCCAGAGAGCAGUUGGGGAGAUACAAAGUUCCCGGUCCGAUUCCGGGUCGGACCGGUCCGUGGCGGGGUUCGUCCUGGAUUUCUUCUGCACGUCCAUGAUUGACGUCGCCGACGGGUUCUCGCUUCCUUCUUACAUUUACCUUACCAGCAACGCGCACUUCCUAGACCUCAUGUUCCACUUGCCAGCUCGACACGACCAGAUCGGGAGAGAGGCCCGACUGUCCGAUCCGGACCUGCCUCUUCCCAAUUUCGCAAACCCAGUUCCGGUGUCUGUCUUGCCGUCGGCGGUGCUUGACGGGGAAGCCGGCGGCUAUGCGGCCUACGUCAAGCUGGCUCGUAGGUUCAGGGACGUCCGGGGAAUCAUGGUGAACACGUUCAUGGAGCUGGAGCGGUCCGCCCUCGGCUCGUUUUCUGGAGGAAGCUGGGACGGGCCGGCCGUGUAUGCUGUCGGACCGGUGAUCGACCCGAAGGGUGUGCCGGAUCCUUCUCUGGACCGGGCUCACUGGGAGAAGAUCCGGGAGUGGCUCGAUGAGCAACCGCCGUCCUCGGUGGUGUUCCUGUGCUUCGGGAGCUUAGGGAGCUUCGAUGCGGAUCAAGUGAAGGAGAUCGCUUCCGGAAUCGAGCGAAGCGGGCAUAAGUUUCUGUGGUCGUUGCGUCCGGAAAGUUCACAGUCGCAGCUUCCUGUUGGAUUCCUGGAGCGAAUGCGAGGAAGAGGGAUCAUAUGCGGGUGGACCCCACAGGUGGAGGUGCUGGGACACGCAGCCAUUGGUGGGUUCGUAUCUCAUUGCGGUUGGAACUCCAUCUUAGAGAGCUUGUGGUAUGGAGUACCGAUCGUGACGUGGCCCAUAUACGCAGAGCGACGGAAUGCCUUCACGAUGGUGAAGGAAUUGGGCUUGGCGGUGGAGCCGAGGCUGGACUACAAGGGGCAAGGCAUUGGUGGCCAUUUGGUGCCAGCGGAGGAGAUAGAGAAGGCCGUCGGACGCUUGAUGGGCGACGAUGCCGCAGAGACGAGGAAAAAGGUGAGGGAAAUGAGGGAGGCGGCGAGGAAUGCUGUGAAGGAAGGUGGGUCUUCGUAUGAUUCGAUCGGAAGGUUGAUUCAAGACUUCAUCAAUAGCAUUGAAUAAAAAGCUAAAUUGUAAACGUCAUGUAUAUGUCACUUCGAUCAUGUCGUCCUUUAUUUCUUGCCAGCAAUAUGUCCUGCUUGUUUGUUAAACAAACAUCCUUAGUAAUCUGUCGGAAGUUUAUGAAAUUACCAUUUGAGUUGGCAAGUGGAGGGCGUUGGACUUGAUUCCGCACCGCUCACUAGAAGAAUAAAUUGAAGUAAGUCAUUGUAUUUGUUUUGCUCGGUAA